UUCCCCUUACCGAAAAUCCCAUCGUUUUUUUCUCGCUUCAAUUAGCAAGUUUGCAGAAGAAUUCAUACACACAACGACGACGGAUUAUUGUAGUAGUAAUAAUUUAUACUAUCUAGACGCACACACACAGUAGAAAAUAACAAUAAUCGCUUAUCUUAUUUUUAUAUAGGUAACGAAGAAUAUUGAUCAUCAUCAUCUAACCGAAGAAGAACAACAACCAAAUAAUUAAUUUAUUAAAAUGUCAUCAUCAACAUCACAAUCACCAAUGGAUGAAACCAUGAAUGAUGAAGAAUUUUUCGAAGAACCAAACGUACAAGAGGAAGAACACAAAAAGACCAAGGUUAAGCCUAAAGCAUUGAAGAGCAAGUGGAGAUUUUGGCAUGAAAAAAUUGGUACCCAAGACGCUUGGAAGAGUUUAGAUCACUUGGUUGAUUUGUGUGAAUUUGGAACUGUUCAAGAAUUUUGGAGUUGUUUUAAUAAUUUACCAGCCAUCACUCACCUCAAAGUUAAGGAAUCUUUCCACUUGAUGAAGAAUUUGAACGGCCCAAAUGAUAAUACAUCAAAGGUUGCUAACUUGACCAUUUGUCCUGCUUGGGAAGAUCCUAACAAUGUUAAUGGUGGUGAAUGGAUUUUCCGUACUUCCAAAGAUGUUUCUGAUAUCGUAUGGAGAGAAUUGGUUUUGGCUGUUAUCGGAGAACAAUACCACUCUGCAUUGCAACCAGGUGAUGAAAUUUGUGGUUUGAGUGUUUCUCAAAGACCAACAGAUAACAUUUUCAGAAUUUGGAAUAUGAAAUGUGGAACUGAAGUAGACCAGAAAAAGAUUUAUGAAAGAACAAUUGAAAUUUUGACUGAACAAGUGAAAGAAAUUGCUUCAAUCAUACAAACACCAUACUAUAGAAAGCAUAAGGAAUAAAUAUUUUACAACUUGAUUUU